AUGAAAGUUCUCGGCAAAAGAGUGCAUUUAGGAUUCAUGGAACAGAGACUGAACAGAGAUUGGGCAAAAAAAGAUGAAGAAGACUAUAACCAUGCUCUUAUGGAAGGACCUUGGAUGAUUACGGGUCACUACCUAAUUGUUCAGAGAUGGAGACCGUUCUUUCUCGCAUCGGAAAAUAUAGUGAAGAAGAUUGCAGCUUGGAUCCGCAUUCCAAACCUUCCGAUUGAACUAUACAAUCACCGGUUUCUCUCAAGAGUAGGAUCGACCCUCGGUACCAUGCUUAAGAUUGAUCGUGCAACUUCAGUUCAUUCCCGGGGACGCUUUGCCAGAAUUUGUGUUGAAUUAGACCUAUCUAAAAAACUUGUUCCAAAAAUUUCGAUUCUCGGACAAAUUUUGAAUGUUGAAUAUGAGGGCCUGCAUCUUAUUUGUUUCACUUGUGGGAAGUAUGGUCAUCGACCAGAUCAGUGUAGUGAAACGCAUGACGGCAAGGUAGCACCGGAGAACACAACCAUAGAUGGCGAAGAGGGUAGCACAGGGUUUGCUGGAGAGGAAGGCGUUAAUCACGCCAACAUUACCAGGCAAGGGGCCCAAGAAUCAAUUUAA